AUGACACCAGCAGAUGAGGAAGUCGCCUUGAGCGAGACUUCCGAGCAAUGGUCCGACGGUUUUGACCAGCGUAGAACUCUACUGGAUGACGAGAAAGUCCGCACCCAUGCCGAAGCGUGGUCCUUCAGGUGGUGGCAGUAUGCGCUGCUCUUUCUGAUAUCCGUCAUCCUGCUUGUACCAUUUGCAGUCAACCUUGCACCUAAAGGUCCGUCAUGGGAAGAAACUGCGAGCACGGAUAUGUCGAAAUCAGAUCCAGGUACUGAGGGUCAGCAGAGGGGACAAUUCGAGUCACCCACCCUGCCUCAACCGACUGGUGGUGUCACACCACCCAGAGACGAAUACUUGCUAGAUCCUGCUUGGGACUAUGAAGCCGCCCCAACCACAAGAGAGUAUUACUGGAUUCUUACCGAGACGGAACUGAACCCAGAUGGCGUAUGGAGGCCAAUGCUGCUUAUUAACGACCAAUUUCCUGGCCCUUUGAUAGAGGUCAACGAGCAUGACACCAUCAGAGUCACUGUUGACAACCGAAUGACCAACGCAUCUAGUCUUCACUGGCACGGAAUCUAUCAAAAUGGCACCAACUCUAUGGACGGAACUGUCGGCAUCACUGGUUGCCCCAUCGCUCCAAACCACAACUUCACUUAUGAGUUCAAGGUACAAGGACAGAGUGGUAGCUAUUGGUACCACGCCCACCAAGGCAUUCAAGCAUCAGAUGGUCUGAUGGGACCUUUAGUCAUCCACUCGAGAGACGAAAAGCAAUUACAGCAAAUCCAAUAUGCCAGCGAUCGUAUAAUCAUGCUUUCCGACCAUUACCACGAUCUUUCUGGAGCACUCACAAGGAAAUACCUAGCCCCAGACAGCGAGAACGCCGAGCCCGUACCGGAUGGAGCACUAAUUAAUGGUCGUGCCAUCCGCAAUUGUGAUGAUCUGCCUCACAGAAGAUGCGACAACACCACAAGUAAUGUCGGGAUACCUACCUUUGACCUCGAACCAAACCGCCACCACAGAUUACGUAUCAUGAACGUCGGCGCUUUUGCCGAGUUCCAGUUCCAGAUCGACGAGCAUGAGCUAGCAGUAACAGAAGUGGACGGUACUGAUGUACACCCAACUAACUAUCAUCGUCUAAAUAUCAAUCCCGCUCAACGCUACAGUGUGGUUGUUCAUACGGACAAAAGGGAGAAAACUAGCUUCAGGAUGCGAGCUCGAAUGAUCACGCAUUGUUUUGCCGAAUCAAAUCCAUAUAUGGCCGAUUCCGUACAUGGUGUUGUGCGAUACAGCAGUAACUCUGAACCUAUGGUGGCACAUGAGCUACCUGACACUGUCGACUGGGGUGAAGCCAUCGACCUCGAAUGCAAGGAUCUGAACACGACAGAGCUGGUGCCUGUCCAAGUCGUUGCGGCUCUUUCAAAGCCCGAUGCCUUCUUCUAUCUGAGAUCCAACUUCGAGAUAGGUGCCUACAGGCUUUCCAGAGGCAAAUUCAAUACAAGCAUUUGGCAUUCGGACGUCAAAAGCNCUACAUUAUUCCGGACAAUCGACGGGCUGCAGGCAAGGAACGCAUCCUUCGACGCAAACCAAGACGAUAGAGCCGUAUUCGUCAACGAUAGGGCUUUUGAUCAAUCUACCCAGUUGACCAUCCAGUCGUCAGGCGUUCAAACUAUUGAUCUGCUAAUAUCCAACUUUGAUGAUGGUAAUCAUCCAUACCAUCUUCACGGAUACAAAUUUUGGGUUCUUGCCCAAGGUCAUGGCUAUCCUCCCAGGAAGUCGCUUGACGCACCGAUGGAUCUAGACAACCUCUCCCCGCUCUAUGGAUCACUGGAUCUCACGAACCCUAUGCGACGCGACACAACUAGCGUGGAAGCGUUCGGCUGGGCAUUGAUACGAUUUGUAGCCGAUAAUCCCGGUGCUUGGGCGUUCCACUGCCAUGUCUCGUGGCAUGCAGAAGCAGGUCUGCUUAUGCAAUUUAUCACACGCACCGAUCUCCUGAUUGACAGCGAGAUAUCAGAGGCACAUCGAGAACUCUGUAAAGCUGAUGUUCUAGAAUUGGAANAAGGCAUGGGUCCGAAAGACGAGAUUUACUACGAUGAAGCGUGA